CUUUAGCGGCCCGUUUGCUGCAUUUUCAUUUCCUCUUGUCUUUUGAGCCUGGGUGACAGUGUAUUCCCCCCAAGAAGCACCCCCAGACCGCUAUCAUGUCCAAGACGACUACUUUCUCAACCAUCACGCCCCUCCCCUCCAUCAUCACCAGGGAGGCCGUCAUUUCAACAUACCAUGACCACAUCGCCAUGAUCGAGCUGAACCCGCUCGUCGUAGAGCGUUUCAAGUGCAAACCGCCCGCCUAUGCAACAGCAGAGGAAUUCCAUGCGACUUGGUACACCAUCAAAGACAAGAUCCAAUACAUCCCCGGCACCUCCCUCGCCAAUGGCUCCGUCUCCUACCACGCCUGCUUCCACGACCUCCCCGACGCCCUCCAAACCCACGUCUACGCACCCCUAGGGCUCGACAUCAAAGCGAAAUGGUCCGUCGGCGGCUCUCUCCCCGGCGAACCCCCCCAACCUGCUGAACUGGGCCUCGGGAUACCGAAAGAGGGGCUGUACCUCAGGGAAGACGUCAAAAUGAAGUGCAACAUCAUGAUGAUCAGCUUCGUAAAGAAAACCUUCAAAGAGGCGCACUCAAAGCUCGUAGACAGACUAGUCGAAAAAACCCACCAGCUCGAAGCAAAAGCGAAAGCAGAGCGCGCGAAGAACCCGCCACCGCCUCCUCCAAACCCACACACCUCAAUCGCGCCAGGCCACAAGGAGAUCGCGCUCAUGAGCCCCAUGUUCCAGCCCGGCACCGCGGGCUACCAGCACAUGGCCGGCUACCCGAACUCCAACACGAGCAGCCCGAUGACGAGCCCGCAGCCGCAGCACGCGCAGACGUUUGGCGUGCCAGGGCUGCCGCCGUUCAACCCGUAUGGGCAGAGUGGCGCGUAUCAGCCGCAGGCGCAGAACCCGUACGCGAGUGAUCCGAGGUAUUCGCAGCAUGGGCAGCAGCCGCAGUAUGAUCAGAAGCCGUUGCCCGAUCCUAGGUUCUCGCAGUAUCCGGAUCAGAAGAUGGAUCCGAGGUACUCGCAGCAUGGGGAUCAGAGGGUGUCGAUGCAUCCGGCGGAUCAGGCGGGCGAUCAGAAGUAUCGGUAUGAGACGGGGCAGCCGCAUCCGACGCAGUUUGCGCCGGUGGAGCUGCCGACGAGUUUGGAUGGGAGAGGGGGGCAGACGGAGCCGGUUGAGUUGGCUUGAGUUGGUAAGGAACGGGGAGGAAAGACGGCGUACAUUUCAUGUUAUGGGUCUGAAAGUUCAAAGACCGAAUUUCAUAAGUCACAACACGGGGCCGACUAUUUUAUACGAGUCCUGAUUGCCCGCUUUCGUGCUUGUAUCUCUUUCUUCUUGUUUAUGCGAUACCCCGUGUAUGGCUACAUAGGCUUGCUCCUAGGGUAGCUCGCAAGGUUGAGAGCGUCGACUUACAUGCGCCAUCAUAUUUUCAUUGUGUCCGUUUGUUACCCCUCUAAGAAACCCGAUCCGUGUGUUGAAGAAUCAGUGAGCUGAAGGCAUUUAUACUCCCACCACGCAAGACCUCCACGGUCACGUGAAUGUGUGAAAGCUAGAUUUUUUACUCCCCCCUACUCUUUCAUUUCAACAGAGAGUUAGCUAUUCAUGUCCCCAAAUAUUUGGGUGGGGAAGGCAGGC